GCCCUACUUUUUUCUUUCACUGGUUUACUGCUCAAUCCGCGUGUUUGCGGCUGGAAGUCAGAAUUUGAAUCGUCAAAAGGGGAGAAUAUGUUGAGAGCCGCAAAUCGAACUGCGAAUUCAAUUUCUGGAAAUAUCAACCUGUUCGGAAGUGUGGUUGAUUCAUAUUCAGUAGCGUGUGAAGCGUACUCUGAACAUCUCGUUCUUUGACACCCAAUUUUUGGUAGAUCGUUUCUCUUUCAUUUUGUCAGUCUUCCGAGAAUUGAAGCCUGCUGCGGAGAUGGAUUUCGCGACACCAGGAGAUGCGUUUCCUUCGACAGGGAAAGGGAAGUCCGACGCUUUCGAGUCAGAUGACGUGGUCGAAGUAUCCCCUAACAAGCGGUACAUCCGGUAUAAUGAAAUCCUGGGCAGAGGAGCAUCCAAGACUGUGUAUAAGGCGUUCGAUGAAACUGAUGGAAUUGAGGUCGCAUGGAGCCAAAUCCGCUUAGAUGACCCGUUACAGUCUACAGAGGAUAUGGAAAGAGUGAACACUGAGAUUCACUUGCUGAGAUCCUUGAAGCAUGUCAACAUCAUAAAAUCACACUGCAUCUGGCUUGAUAACCAGAAGAAAAGGAUUAACGCUAUCACCGAAUUGUUCUGCUCUGGAAGCUUGAGGCAAUAUCGGAAGAAACAUAAGUUGGUUGAUAUGAAGGCCAUCAAGAACUGGGCAAGACAGAUUCUCCAUGGUUUGCAUUAUCUUCACAGUCAGAACCCUCCUGUUAUCCACAGAGACUUGAAGUGUGAUAAUAUCUUCAUUAAUGGGAACAGCGGGGAAGUUAGAAUUGGAGAUCUCGGAUUGGCUACAAUCAUGUUGCAGCCUACUGCCCGAAGCGUUGUGGGUACUCCUGAGUUUAUGGCGCCUGAGCUCUAUGAUGAACAGUAUGACAACCGUAUUGACAUUUACUCUUUCGGCAUGUGCUUAUUGGAGCUGAUAACAUGUGAAUACCCUUAUAGUGAGUGUAAAACUGUGGCACACAUCUUUAAAAAAGUGACAUCAGGGAUAAAACCAGCUGCCUUAGAUAAAGUUAAAAAUAUCGAAGCAAAACGAUUUAUAGAAAAUUGCUUGGUCCCGGCUUCUCAAAGGCCAAGUGCUGCACAACUGUUGAAAGACUCGUUCCUUUCUGACACUUUGGUGAACUCCUCCACCUCCAUGUCGAGAUCUGUAAGUUUGUCAAGUCUUGAAUCACUAUCAAAGGACAUUGGAGCUCCCCAAACAUUGGAAUUCCUUAGAUGCAAUAAGAAGAAUGAGUUUAAGCUAAAAGGAGAGAAGUGUGACGGAGAUUCAAUUUCAUUUAGCCUCCACAUUGCUGACUUUGGGGGGAACACAAGGCAUAUUGAUUUCCUGUUCUACCUUGAUAGUGACACGGCUCUCACAAUUGCUGGUGAGAUGGUAGAGCAACUUGAGUUAGCAAGUGAAGAUGUGGUAGUAAUAGCUGACAUGAUUGAUAGCUUAGUUUCAAGACUUGUACCAAUCUGGAAGCAAUCACGUACCAGUUUGGCUGCUGUAAACAGUGCACAUAAUAACUCCAUUUCGACAGUCUCUUCUGAGAAGGGUGAAUCAGAACUGGUUGUUGGCAAAGGAACUACUGAGCAGAGUGUCUUUCCUCUGACACCAAGUGAGAAUAAACGCAUUGAUGAAUUGGCCCUUGUAUCCAAAGAACGUGUUGAUGAGGGGCGUGGUGAAUGCUCAAAGGAUUUGCAGAAGAGUGUUACUUCAGGCAUGUCAUGCCUCUCUGUAGCAGAGAAGGAUGAUAACAAAGGUUUAGUAAAGCCAGAAACGGAGGCUUUUGAUAUGCAGUAUCAGCAAUAUUGUCGUGAAAUCAUGAGGAUCAGGGAGAAGGCAACUAGAAAUUGUAAAAGGAAAUGGAUAGCACGGAGGAAGAUAAAUGUGUUUUGAUGUAUACACACACACACACACUUGUAUAUGCUAGAUAGUUAACCGUGAAUUAUCAUGUUAUUGCGAUUUGUUGUUCCUCUUCAAAUAAAACCUGUGUUGUUUUUUCAAUGUUCAAGUAUAUUUUUGCGAUUUUAAGCUUUAAAAUGUCAG